AACGCAGCCCUUCCUGUGCAUCAAUUAGAGUACAUCCACAUCCACCCGCCUCAUCCCCGAAUACCACCGACUCUCUUGAACACAUUCCGUUCGAGAGUCUUUUACACCGCCUUCCCAUUCACCCUCCUCGCACCCACCCACCCACCGCAGUCAUGGGUCUCACAUUCUCCAAGCUGUUCGAUAAGCUAUGGGGCAAGAAGGAGAUGCGCAUUCUCAUGGUCGGUCUUGACGCCGCCGGAAAGACGACCAUUCUCUAUAAGCUCAAGCUUGGUGAAAUCGUCACCACCAUCCCCACUAUCGGUUUCAACGUCGAAACCGUCGAGUACAAGAACAUCCAGUUCACCGUGUGGGAUGUCGGCGGUCAGGACAAGAUCCGUCCUCUAUGGAGGCAUUACUUCCAGAACACGCAGGGUAUCAUCUUCGUCGUUGACAGCAACGAUCGCGACCGUGUUGUUGAGGCGCGUGAGGAGCUUCAGCGCAUGCUAAACGAGGACGAGCUGCGGGAUGCCCUUCUUCUCGUCUUCGCCAACAAGCAGGAUUUGCCCAAUGCAAUGAACGCUGCUGAGAUUACCGACAAGCUUGGCCUCCACAGCCUUAGACAACGUGCCUGGUACAUCCAGUCGACUUGCGCCACCUCUGGUGACGGUCUUUACGAGGGUCUCGAGUGGUUGAGCAACUCUCUCCGCAAGGCCGGCCACAACUAAGUUCAGCGAACGCGAUACGUAAUGUAGCGAGUCACGAAAAUUGACAACAGUCUGUCCGGCCCAGACGUUCACCAACGCACGCUCCAUCGUAGUGGCAGAGCCCAGCCAUGACGCAUCUUAACAACACUACGGCCCCAUGAAAUGUAUUUGCAUCGGUGUCAAAUGUCAGAUCGGAUGGUGGAGCGGAGAUGUUAAUUUCUCUUCUCUUUUCACCAUUGGAGUUUGUGUGAAGUACUAUGACAUUGCGUUUCUGGGAUCGUUGAGAAAACAGUUCUCUGGUUGCUUUACAUGGUACUAUCAAAUUUGAGCCUCUUUUUAUA